AAUAAUUAAUCAGGUAUCUCACUUAUAUCCAAAUCCUCGAUGACGUACUGUCGAGUCUCGUUCGAGUUUAGACUAUACUGUUAUUUGACCGGCUAUGGUAGAAAUAGGCAAGCAAGCUAACGGGGCGUGAUCACAACACACAAGUGUACCUGCGUUCUCCUUGAGGUCUACUUGGAGGUAUACUGGCUGGAAAAUGAGAG